UUAUACAAGGAGCGUUAUCGAUUUCUCGGCCACCACAGCUGAACGAAACUGACGAGUUUCGCUUAAUGCAAAUGUUAUUUGGCGGUUAUAACAUCUCCUCUGUACGACCGGUUAAAAACAGCACGAAACCAGUAAAAGUGGAAUUUCAAAUGAGGCUGAGCAGACUUGUUAAAGUGGUUAGUUAAUGUUUUAGUAUGUUCAGAAUGCUUGAUUAUAUGCCAGGAACUUUUGUUUACUACGCUUUUAACACCAUCUGAGAUUAAUGCAAAAUACUUGUAAAGCACCGUGUGAUUGGAAUUGAAUCUGAAUUUAGACUAGUCUCCUAUGCAAACCUAGUUAGCUAAUUCAAACUGGAAAUUGACUGGAUUUGGAGAGGUUUCGAGUCAACCUUUACUUGUCUUAUCGAGAUUCUUCGGCUAAUUCAUGAUCAACGUCGUGCCCAGGCUCUUACCUCUUUGGAGAAAAUACCCUGGUAGGAGCUGGUCACGUGAUAUACUAAAAUCUAGCAGAUUUCUAAUUAUCUAUUUCCGAUUCCUUUAAAGCUUGCAAAACAAAAAUGCAAGUUACAAAAGUAUAAAUAUCAAAUAUUUAUCAUCAUUAUCAAUUAAUAAUCUGGUAGAUUUUGGCAGAUCACGUUACCAGGGUCUUUCCUCUACAAGAGGUAAGAGCCUGGAAACGAGGUUGAUUCAUGAUCCGAAAACGAUUCGAAGGUCGAUACGAAUGUGUUGUGUCUGUUGGGUUUGCUGGGUCUGGUCAACCAAGCUCAUACAUCAUAUAAUCAUAUUCUUAUAUUUCUCAGAAUUCUAGGGAGAUGACGCUCGUGACUGAUGUAUGGAUCACCCAG